GAAGAAGACCUGCCGUCGCUUUGAGAGACGUCAUUAACAGUCGCCAGUGCCACUCGUGUUGUCAAAAUCAAAUGUUUACAAUGAGAAUUAUCGUUGUUUUACGUGUAUUUAAACACCAUAAAUCGUUUUAGUUAGUCGGUGAGAUGUCGGGGUUCAGCUCAGAGCUCAUUGACUACCUGGAGGGAAGGAUUUCAUUCGAGGAGUUUGAAAUACGGAGAGAGGAAAGAAAAGCUAAAUUGAAGGUAUCGAACGAAGGACGUUCAGAGGAAGAUGAAGAGAUUGGACCAGAUGACACUCUCCCCAGCACUUCCCACGGCCGCAGCCCGAGAAAAUGUUCCAAAAAACGGCCCGCAGCGGAUCCCGAGGAAGGCGUCAGCCCCUCUGUCCAGAAAGCCUUUGCCUCGAUGAUGGGGGAGGGAACAGAGACUGAACAGACUGAGGAGGAGGAUGAUGAUGAUGAUUAUGAAGAAGAGGAGGAGGAAGAGGAGGAUUCAGAGGAGGAGAGGAAGGUUGAAGCUAAAGGAGACGAGGAAGGCCCCUCAGCUGGGGAUGUCUUUGCUCUGGAAAUGGAGCUUAACCGAGAGAACAAGAAGAUGAUGAAGGAGAGACGUAACCGCAGCAAGCUGCCCCGGGCCCUGAGGGGCCUCAUGGGAGAAGCCAACAUCCGUUACGCCCGCGGAGACAAGGAGGAUGCCGUCCUGAUGUGUAUGGAGAUCAUCAGACAGGCCCCCCUGGCCUACGAGCCCUUCUCCACCCUGGCUAUGAUCUAUGAAGACCAGGGGGACAUGGAGAAGUCUCUACAGUUUGGCCUGAUCGCUGCCCAUCUCAACCCCAGCGACUGUGAGGAGUGGGUCAAGCUGGCCGACAUGUCUCUGGAGCAGGACAACAUCAGGCAGGCCAUCAUCUGCUACACCAAAGCCAUUAAGUAUGACCCCAGUAAUGUGCGCUACCUAUGGGAACGUUGCAGCCUGUAUGAGCAGGUGGGGGAACACAAGCAGUCCAUGGACGGGUAUCGCCGUAUCCUCAACCUACUGCCCCCUACUGACGGAGAGCACUUCAUGCAGCUGUCACGAGACAUGGCCAAAAGCUACUAUGAGAGUAGCGACCUGCCGUCAGCCAUGGGGGUGAUGGAGGAGGCCCUGAGGAGACACCCAGAGCUGGUGACAGACGAGAGCAUCAACAUGGCUGCUGAGCUCUACAUCGCCAACCACCAACACGGCAAGGCCCUUCAGGUUCUCGUCCAGUUCUGCGGGAUCGUCCUGGACAGAGGAGAACCUAAGACAGACCUUGCAGAAGAGGAGAACCCAGAGGGGCAGGAGAAGAUGGAAGCAGAGGAGAACCCAGAGGAGCAGGAGAAGAUGGAAGCAGAGGAGAACCCAGAGGGGCAGGAGAAGAUGGAAGCAGAGGAGAACCCAGAGGGGCAGGAGAAGAUGGAAGCAGAGGAGAACCCAGAUAAAGAAAAGGAGAUGGAAACAACGACAACAGAGGAGACUGGAGGGGAGGUUAGAAAGGUGGUAGUUCCAGACCAUGUACCAGUGGACAUCAGAGUGAAGCUCAUGGUCUGUCUGAUCCACCAGCAUGUUUACAGACCUCUGGAUUCCAUGUUGACGUCUCUGAUGGAGCAGAGCCCAGAGGAGCUGGGGGAUCUGUACCUGGACGUGGCUGAGGCCUUCCUGGACGAGGGAGAGUACAACUCAGCCCUGCCUCUCCUCUCUGCUCUGGUCUGCUCUGAGAGAUACAACCUGGCUGUUGUCUGGCUCCGACACGCUGAGUGUCUGAAGGCGCUGGGACACAUGGAGGUAGCAGUGAAGAGUUACAGUAAGGUAGUACAGAUGGCUCCUCUUCACCUAGAGGCCAGGCUGUGUCUGUCUACUCUGCAGCAGCAGCUGGGUCGACCUCUCUGUGCCCUCAAGGCCCUGGAGCCCAUGUACGACCCAGACACACUGGCACAGGACGCCUCCGCAGCACAGCAGGAGUUGAAGCUGCUGCUGCACCGCUCUACUCUCCUGCGUUCUCAAGGCCGACUGGAUGACUACCUGGAUUCCAUGCUGACCAUGCUGGCUAUGCUGCUGAAGGUGGCUAUGACGCGGGCCCAGGUGUGUGUCAGAGCCAGCAUGUGGUCGGGGGUCAGACACCUGCGUCUGGUCAAGGUGUCUAAGGACCUGGUGUCAGACAUCGAUGACCAGGAAGCAGCCUACCAGGACAUCAGUGGUAAGACCAGUGUGUUGUCUCGUGAAGACUGGUGGUUACUGUUGGUGAGGUGUGUGUGUACGCUGUGUGAGAUGAAGCGUUUUAAAGAGGCAGAGCUGCUGGUGGACUCUUCUCUGGAGUUCUACUCCUUCUAUGACGUCAAGGUGAAGAGGAAAGAGCUGGAGUUCUUUGGUCUGUCUGCUGCUUUCCUGGACCAUAACUACCGCAAGGCCUACGAUUACAUCAGGCUGACGCUGAUGGAGAAGCAGGAGUGGCCCAUGCUGUGGAAUGUAUUCAACCAGGUGACCCUUCACUCCCAGGACGUGCGUCAUCAUCGGUUCUGUCUGCGUCUGAUGAUGAAGAACCCAGACAACCACGCCCUGUGUGUUCUCAGUGGACACAACGCACUGGUGUCUGGCAGCUUCAAACACGCACUCGGUCAGUAUGUUCAGGCGUUCAGGUCUAAGCCAGAUGAACCUCUGUACAGUCUGUGUGUUGGCCUCACCUUCUUCCACAUGGCGUCUCAGAAGUUUGUGGUUAAACACCACCCGCUGAUACUGCAGGGCUUCUCGUUCCUGUGGCGUUACGUGGAGCUGCGUGGCCACUGCCAGGAGAGCAUGUACAACCUGGGACGGGCCCUGCAGCAGAUGGGCCUGGCACACCUCGCCAUUCACUAUUACCACAAGGCUCUCAGCUUCCCUCCUCUUACACUAGAGGGUAUUGAGGCUGACCAGGUAGACCUGCGUAGAGAGAUAGCCUUCAACCUGUCAAUCAUCUACCAGGCCAGUGGAAACACUGAGAUGGUACGACACCUCAUCAACACGUACUGCAUGGUGUAACAGCCUAUCAGGUCCUCCUAUACUGACCUGUAUAACGGCCUGUCAGGUCCUAUACUGACCUGUAUAAUGACCUAUCAGGUCCUCCUAUACUGACCUGUAUAAUGGCCUAUCAGGUCCUCCUAUACUGACCUGUAUAAUGACCUAUCAGGUCCUCCUAUACUGACCUGUAUAAUGACAGACCUAUCAGGUCCUCCUAUACUGACCUGUAUAAUGACAGACCUAUCAGGUCCUCCUAUACUGACCUGUAUAAUGACAGACCUAUCAGGUCCUCCUAUACUGACCUGUAUAAUGACAGACCUAUCAGGUCCUCCUAUACUGACCUGUAUAAUGACAGACCUAUCAGGUCCUCCUAUACUGACCUGAAUAAUGACAGACCUAUCAGGUCCUCCUAUACUGACCUGUAUAAUGACAGACCUAUCAGGUCCUCCUAUACUGACCUGUAUAAUGACAGACCUAUCAGGUCCUCCUAUACUGCACUGUAUAACGGCCUAUCAGGUCCUCUAUACUGCAUGGUAUAACGGCCUUUCAGGUCCUCUAUACUGACCUGUAUAAUGACCUAUCAGGUCCUCUAUACUGCAUGGUAUAACGGGCUAUCAGGUCCUCUAUACUGAACUAUAUAAUGACCUAUCAGGUCCUCUAUACUGCAUGGUAUAACGGCCUAUCAGGUCCUCUAUACUGAACUGUAUAAUGACCUAUCAGGUCCUCUAUACUGCAUGGUGUAACGGCCUAUCAGGUCCUCUAUACUGAACUGUAUAAUGACCUAUCAGGUCCUCCUAUACUGACCUGUAUAAUGGCCUAUCAGGUCCUCCUAUACUGACCUGUAUAAUGACCUAUCAGGUCCUCCUAUACUGACCUGUAUAAUGACAGACCUAUCAGGUCCUCCUAUACUGACCUGUAUAAUGACAGACCUAUCAGGUCCUCCUAUACUGACCUGUAUAAUGACAGACCUAUCAGGUCCUCCUAUACUGACCUGUAUAAUGACAGACCUAUCAGGUCCUCCUAUACUGACCUGUAUAAUGACAGACCUAUCAGGUCCUCCUAUACUGACCUGUAUAAUGACAGACCUAUCAGGUCCUCCUAUACUGACCUGAAUAAUGACAGACCUAUCAGGUCCUCCUAUACUGACCUGUAUAAUGACAGACCUAUCAGGUCCUCCUAUACUGACCUGAAUAAUGACAGACCUAUCAGGUCCUCCUAUACUGACCUGUAUAAUGACAGACCUAUCAGGUCCUCCUAUACUGACCUGUAUAAUGACAGACCUAUCAGCUCCUCCUAUACUGACCUGUAUAAUGACAGACCUAUCAGGUCCUCCUAUACUGACCUGUAUAAUGACAGACCUAUCAGGUCCUCCUAUACUGACCUGUAUAAUGACAGACCUAUCAGGUCCUCCUAUACUGACCUGUAUAAUGACAGACCUAUCAGGUCCUCCUAUACUGACCUGUAUAAUGACAGACCUAUCAGGUCCUCCUAUACUGACCUGUAUAAUGACAGACCUAUCAGGUCCUCCUAUACUGCACUGUAUAACGACCUAUCAGGUCCUCUAUACUGCAUGGUAUAAAGGCCUAUCAGGUCCUCUAUACUGAACUGUAUAAUGACCUAUCAGGUCCUCUAUACUGAACUGUAUAAUGACCUAUCAGGUCCUCUAUACUGAACUGUAUAAUGACCUAUCAGGUCCUCUAUACUGCAUGGUAUAACGGCCUAUCAGGUCCUCUAUACUGAACUGUAUAAUGACCUAUCAGGUCCUCUAUACUGCAUGGUGUAACGGCCUAUCAGGUCCUCUAUACUGAACUGUAUAAUGACCUAUCAGGUCCUCUAUACUGCAUGGUAUAACGGCCUAUCAUGUCCUCUAUACUGAACUGUAUAAUGACCUAUCAGGUCCUCUAUACUGCAUGGUGUAACGGCCUAUCAGGUCCUCCUAUACUGAACUGUAUAAUGACCUAUCAGGUCCUCCUAUACUGACCUGUAUAAUGACCUAUCAGGUCCUCCUAUACUGACCUGUAUAAUGACAGACCUAUCAGGUCCUCCUAUACUGACCUGUAUAAUGACAGACCUAUCAGGUCCUCCUAUACUGACCUGUAUAAUGACCUUUCAGGUCCUCCUAUACUGACCUGUAUAAUGACCUUUCAGGUCCUCCUAUACUGACCUGUAUAAUGACCUAUCAGGUCCUCCUAUACUGACCUGUAUAAUGACCUAUCAGGUCCUCCUAUACUGACCUGUAUAAUGGCCUAUCAGGUCCUCCUAUACUGACCUGUAUAAUGACAGACCUAUCAGGUCCUCCUAUACUGACCUGUAUAAUGACAGACCUAUCAGGUCCUCCUAUACUGACCUGUAUAAUGACAGACCUAUCAGGUCCUCCUAUACUGACCUGUAUAAUGACAGACCUAUCAGGUCCUCCUAUACUGACCUGAAUAAUGACAGACCUAUCAGGUCCUCCUAUACUGACCUGUAUAAUGACAGACCUAUCAGGUCCUCCUAUACUGACCUGUAUAAUGACAGACCUAUCAGGUCCUCCUAUACUGACCUGUAUAAUGACAGACCUAUCAGGUCCUCCUAUACUGACCUGUAUAAUGACAGACCUAUCAGGUCCUCCUAUACUGACCUGUAUAAUGACAGACCUAUCAGGUCCUCCUAUACUGACCUGUAUAAUGACAGACCUAUCAGGUCCUCCUAUACUGACCUGUAUAAUGACAGACCUAUCAGGUCCUCCUAUACUGACCUGUAUAAUGACAGACCUAUCAGGUCCUCCUAUACUGACCUGUAUAAUGACAGACCUAUCAGGUCCUCCUAUACUGACCUGUAUAAUGACAGACCUAUCAGGUCCUCUAUACUGCAUGGUUUAACGGCCUAUCAGGUCCUCUAUACUGAACUGUAUAAUGACCUAUCAGGUCCUCUAUACUGAACUGUAUAAUGACCUAUCAGGUCCUCUAUACUGCAUGGUAUAACGACCUAUCAGGUCCUCUAUUCUGAACUGUAUAAUGACCUAUCAGGUCCUCUAUACUGCAUGGUGUAACUGCCUAUGUGAUGUGUAUUAUGAGACAUAAUUAAUGGUAUAAGAUAGUGUUUCACCAAAUAUUUUUUUCAGUAACGAUGGCAAAGUUAGUGUAGUUGGUGUGGCCAAUGGAAAAUGAGCAGAAACAUUUUGGUGUUUUAAAGCAAAUUUUCUGCAAUUCUACACAUUUUGCCAUAGGGCAGAGAAAAUGUUAGUUUAAAAGCUAUUAUCCUGCAAAUCUACACAUUUUGUCAUGGUGCUAAGAGAAAAAUGCUCACUUUAAAAACAAAUGUCCUGCAAUUCUGCACAUUUUGCCAUGGCUUAUGCCGUGUUCUUAUGCUAUCUGAAUGACUCAAACGUUAUAACAAAAUCAAUGUGGGGCCCCAUGACAUGAUAUUUGGGGAAUUUUUGAUUCUCCCUGACUCUAGUUUUUAUUUUGGUGAUUGUAUUUUUUUGUUCUCUUAUUAAAAAAUCUAUCCCUCCAUUAGCCGCCACUGCUAAAUUAAUAUAGGGGAAACACUGUGAUGUCAUAUGAUGUCCUGACCUAUACCAUAGGAAUACUAUUACACUGUAUGAUGUAUAGGAACUCCUAUAUACCAUAGGAAUACUAUUACACUGUAUGAUGUAUAGGAAGUCCUAUAUACCAUAGGAAUACUAUUACACUGUAUGAUGUAUAGGAAGUCCUAUAUACCAUCGGAAUACUAUUACACUGUAUGAUGUAUAGGAAGUCCUAUAUACCAUCGGAAUACUAUUACACUGUAUGAUGUAUAGGAAGUCCUAUAUACCAUAGGUAUACUAUUACUCUGUAUGAUGUAUAGGAAGUCCUACAUACCAUAGGAAUACUAGAUGUAUCCAGGGGUCACAUUUAAAAUCACCCCAGUCAUUUACUCACUGUUUCACAGCCUUGCUAAAAAACUGUCUAAACAUGUAAACAUGUUUUGUAUAUAUUGUUGUCAACAACACCUUAUGUUUACUCUAACUUGUGUACAUAGAUUUUGUAGAAAAAUCUAUUUGAAUACACUGAAAUAAAAAUAAAAAAUCUGUUUAUUAA